CCAGGUGGCGCAGUUGCCUAUACUUGGUAGUAAGCUAGGCACCUACGGAAGGUAACUUGCGUGUUAGCGCGUGGCGAUAGCUCCUUCCUGCUGCAAGCUAUCGUACUUGUACUCACUCGACAAAGUCGCUAGCGCUGGUGGGUAAAAUCUAGCCGCCUAUGGCUUAGCGCUAUAGAUGUGCGCCUGUGUAAAAGCUGCAAUUGCUGCUCGAUAUUGGCACCACUCCUGAUAGGGAUGUUGCCCGCUAGGACACCUGAUUUCCGACUGAACCCCAAUUCUCAAGCUUGAACGUGACCCCGAUCUCUGCGCGAAUCCUCCCGUCAUCACGACACGUUGUCGCGUGCCGGUUCGCAACCUGGAUCCAUUUGACGCCAUCAUCAUGGCUGGGGGCACAGGCAACAAGUUUGCCAAUGUGAUCACCGUCGUCGCAGGCGUCGCUUCUCUGGCUGCUACGUUGACUUCGGUCGUGUCGAUCAUUUUCCAGGCAAAGAACUAUCGAAAACCUCUGCUGCAGCGAUAUGUCGUCCGAAUCCUACUCAUGGUACCAAUCUACUCCAUUGCAUCCUGGACGAGCAUGGUGUCUCUGAACGCUGCCUCCUUCCUCGACCCGGUCCGCGACAUCUACGAAGCUUUCACCAUCUAUACUUUCUUCCAGCUCCUUAUCAACUACCUGGGCGGCGAGCGAUCUCUCAUCAUCAUGACCCACGGGCGCGCGCCAGUACAGCACCUCUGGCCCCUCAACCACGUGUUGCCCAAGGUCGACAUCUCCGAUCCACACACUUUCCUGUCCAUCAAGCGAGCUAUUCUGCAAUACGCUUGGUUGAAACCGAUCCUAGCGGUCUCGGCCAUAAUCAUGAAAGCGACGGGCACCUACAAGGAGGGUUACAUUGGUAUCGAUUCUGGCUAUCUCUGGAGUGGCAUUAUCUACAACAUCAGCGUCACUCUGAGUUUGUACGGCUUGGGGCUGUUCUGGGUAUGCAUGCAUCAUGAUCUCCAGCCGUUCCGCCCUGUACCAAAGUUCUUGUGCAUCAAGCUCAUUAUCUUUGCCUCAUACUGGCAGGGGUUUCUGCUCUCUAUUUUGGUCUUCCUCGGGGCUAUCCCGGAUGAUGUACCCGAGUACACGCCUGACAAUCUAGCUGCCGCCAUACAAGAUGCGCUCAUUUGCAUUGAGAUGCCCAUUUUUGCUGCUGCGCAUUGGUACGCAUUUUCCUGGCACGACUUUGCCGACAACAAUAUCUCAUCCGCAAGGAUGCCAAUCAGUUACGCCUUCCGGGAUGCAUUUGGUGUUCGUGACCUUGUCGAGGACUCGAAGGAGACCUUCAGGGGCGACAACUAUGGCUACAGAGUGUUCGAUUCGGGUGACAAGGUUAUGGCCCACGAGGACUCGAAAUCCCGUCUUGCGCGACUUCGCGAGGGCAUGCGGUAUGAGAGAGGUGGCAAAGGGAAAUAUUGGAUUCCCAAGCCCGGCGAGGUGAACUCGACGACUCCACUGCUCGGAUCGGGGACCAACAGCGCGGCUGCGGGCUCCAGCCGAGACCGACCCGAUCAGAUCAAUGAGAAUGCACACGCUGGUUUCGACGAGCCCGAAUUGGACGCCGAGGAUGAUGGGCUCUUCGAGGCAGCGAGAGAUCUGGAGUAUGGUGAUUGGAAUUACCCUGUCAUUACGGCGAACGAGCCUUUGAGAGAGCGAUACCUCUCCUCAGCGGGAAAUUUCGGUGUGCGGUCACCCAAAUAUCCGUCGCCUCAGCCACGGGCCACUAGACCAUCAGCAGGAAGCCGUUCAACGACGUCGCAAAGCACGCACCGCCCUUCAGGUCCCGAUGCGGUCGUUCCAGUCAAGAAGAAGAAGAAGGGGAAAAAGGCCGUCCAUCACCAUCCGGCACCCGAUGUUUCAAAGCUUGAUCUGGAGGCGGGCCCUCCACCGCCUAACCAGGCAGCUGCGUUGCAGACAACCAUCAUAGAGGCUUCCCCGCCCAAGCAGCAGGUGGCGGAGACUUUGGAGAAUUCACCCAGUCCCGGUCAUGAUCAGAGUCCAGGAAUAGAAGAACCUUGGUCCGAUGAGCCACGCGAUCGCAACCAUGAGGCCGGCAGCCGACACGACUAUCUAUCAGCAUACCAAGCUCCGGAUACAGAGGAAUUCCAGAAUCACUGGGCUACAGAUGAGACAUCCAAGUGAGGGGGCUUGUUGAGAUGUAGAUUUACCGAUACCCAUUGGCUUUCUGAGGCUUCUCAUGCAUAAUUUGGUUGAAGCAUAGCGUGGAGUUUCAAUGGCACGAAUUUUGAAC